AUGCAUUCCUCUUCAUCCUCAUUAAAACUAACGACUAGUGGCCAGUCCGAGCCAUUGAGUCGUCUCGCUUGCAUUCGUCAAUGCCAGGAAACUGUUCAAGAAUUAGUUGGAAAACCAGCUGAAAUUUGCGUUUGGCUCUCUCAACUAGCGCGUCCAAUUGCACAUCUACCGAACCCGAGUCAUCAACAACAACAAGCCCAGAAUCUUGCUGAUAAACGCACGCGCUUCGAAGGCACUUUAAACGAUAUCACAACUCAAUUUAUUUCCUUACGACAUUUGUUCUCCCGUCUACGUGAAAUUCAUGAAUACGUAAUCAAUCGUGAACCAACAACUGCCACAAACAAUCCCGAAUUAGAACGUUUAUUGAAACAGAAAUCUAUCUAUGAAGAAAUUCUUAAUGAGAAACAAAUUCAAUUAAAACUCAUCAUCGAUACACUACGUGAUAUAACAUAUCAAAUCAACACGAUGUUUGAUCUUCGUCAUGAUGGCAUGAGCAAUCCAUCGCUAAAUAAUACAAAUGCACAAGAAAAAUGA